CGACGAUCUAAAAUGUCAGAAAUACGAGAAUCUUUACAGACAAUACAGCAAUCUGUUGAGAGCGUUAAAGGCGUUAUAGAAGCUUUAAAUAAUACCGAUAUUCCUUCAAAUGGUUUACCUAUUUUAACUGCAAAAUGCCACACUUUGACUCAAUAUAUACACGAUCUCAUCCAUUUGUCUACACUCAGAUUAAGAAAAUCAUCAAUACAAGCUAGGGGUGCAUCAGAAGUACAAUCUGGCGAUAUAGUAGACGAUCUGAUUAAAUUGAGAGUUAUACACGAAAAGUCUAGGAAUUUAUCUACAAAGAUGCGCUAUAGGAUAGACAAACUCGUUAGCGCAGCUAGUGGUGCUCAAGAAGAACAAGAUAGCGUUGAUCCAUUAGCAUUUAAGCCAAAUCCAUCAGCCCUACUCAACAAGAAUGCCAAAGACGACAACGGCAACGAAAACGAUGAAGAAGAAAAUGAUGGCGUAUAUAGACCACCAAAACUAGCAGCAGUCCCAUACACAGAUCCAGAAAAAACUAAGAAAGACAAGAAGAAGGUAAUCCCAGCGGCGAUCCUACCUGAAUUGGUUGGUGGAAACGAAGUUACAAUGCAGUCAUCAUCUGGUUUGGCAGACGUACCUUCGAAAUUAUCAAGUAGACGUGCCCGUGAAUUGCAACAUAUGCAAGAUUAUGAAGAGGAGAAUUUCACACGUUUGGUACAAAACCGCAAAGACGCUAACAGGAGGUUACGCGACGAAGCUGAUAUCGCACUUGGUGGUAGUGGUGUCAUGCGUGGUAGACGUGUUGGUGGAUUGGAUGGUGAAUUUGACGAUGUUCUGCGCGCUGUUGAUAGCAGGCCGUCCAAAUCUAAAAACGGCAGAGCAGGUAUCUACGACGAACUUGAUAAACUCUCUAAGAAGAGCAGCGCACUCGAUAAGGCUUCAGCUAAGCGUGCUAGAGGUGAGACAGCCAAUACAAUUGAGAGUGCGUCAAACAAACGAGGCAGAUUCGACAGACAAGUUGGAGACGCAGCUCGUAAGAGCAGGAAGAAGAACAAGUAA